AAGUGUAGUGUGAGGACUGGGCCGAUUAAGAAAAUUUCUUAAAUUUCGAUAUUUUUGGAUUCAAUCCUUGCCCAUAGAAAUAAACGAAUAUAUUCGAAAAAUGGCAUGCAACGCAAAUAAGGCACCUUUCCUUCGUUCGAUUGCAAAACGCGGUUUGGCAAGUCAGUGCCCACGUCCAUUGGGCCAAGCAGCUGAAGUCCAAUCAACUGUGUUGAAUAAUAAAUUAGUGGUCGCCACUGCCGAAGCCUCCCUCCCGGUUACGCGUGUAUCCAUUGUUUUGCGUGCUGGAUCUCGUAAUGAAAGCUACGAAAACCAAGGAGCUGCACACUUGUUACGCCUCGCUGGUAGCUUAUCCACCAAGAACUCUACUGCUUUUGCCAUCACUCGUAAUAUCCAACAAGUUGGUGGUAGUUUGAGUGCAUCGAACGAUCGUGAAUUGGUUACUUACACCGUCGAAACUACGUCUAAUCAGAUAGAGACAGGCUUGCGUUAUUUACAAGACCUUGUACAACCAGCAUUCAAGCCUUGGGAACUUGUUGACAAUGUGCCACUUCUACGUAAUCAAUUGGCAUCUGUUUCACCACAGGCGCGCGUUGUAGAAUUGUUGCACAAGGCUGCUUUCCGUUCCGGUUUGGGCAACUCGAUCUACAUACCAAAACACCAAAUUGGAAAGUUGUCGAGCGAGUCACUGCUCCAUUACGUUGCCAACACUUUCACUCCCAACCGUUGCGCAGUUGUAGGAGUCGGUAUUGACCAAAACACCCUGUCUGGUUUUGCACAGAACCUUGAAUUGGCAUCCGGAUCCGGAAAAUCUGCUUCCGCUUGCUACUAUGGUGGCGAUGCACGCAAGGAUACUGCUGGUAAUGUUGCUCACGUCGCUGUAGCUGGACAAGGUGGUGCUCUGCUCAACCAGAAGGAGGCUUUGGCAUUUGCCAUUUUGAAGCAAGCUGUAGGUGGUGGUGCUGCCACCAAGCGGGGCAAUAUCAAUGGCUCCUUUGGCAAAGCUUUGCACAGUGCCGUACCUGAUGCAUCCGUUUCAUACCAAACCAUUAAUGCUGCCUAUGAAGAUGCUGGUCUGUUCGGCUUCUUGGUUUCUACCGAUGGACAAAACAUCGGCAAGGCCGUAGAUGCUUUGACACGCGCCCUGAAAUCCGGCUCGGUAUCUUCCAGUGAUGUUAAUCGUGGAAAGGCUUUGCUUAAAGCUGCCAUUUUGGAGAGCUACUCAACAGACAGCGCUUUGAUCAAUGAAAUCGGUGUACAGGCUGUACAUCUGAAACAGGUACACAGCGUCGACUCAUUGUUGUCUGCUGUCGAUGGUAUCACUCAGCAAGAAGUGCAAGAGGCUGCCAAGAAAGCUGGCUCAUCGAAAUUGUCCGUUGCGGCCGUAGGCAACCUCGCCAACGUACCAUAUGCGUCAGACCUAGCUUAAUUGUAAAAUGAUAUGAAUUACUGAUACAUUAUUAUUAUUAAACAUCCCAAAUGAGAACUUGGCUAAAA